AUCACCAAAUAUUCAGAAAACUGUUUUCUUCAUUUUCUUGUUGGUCUACACCUAAAGAUUGGUGACACCUUAAGCUUUGGGCAUUGUCAGCUGUGGUUCAGUGGCUAGAACACUGUGACCGAAGCGUUCAAGCCCAAUUUCAGGGGCAAAAUAUUCAAUUAUGUAAUCUAGGUUCAAGCAAGCACUGAUUGGCUUUUCUUGGGUGAUUGUGAUUCUCAGUUCACUAGAUGUGCUCAGCAAAUCCAGUAGAGUGGGCGAGCCACCUGUAACCCUAAUGGAUGAAAAGUCUUGGCGUCUAAAAUUUGGCCAUAGUUGGUCUGCCCACAGAGGCAGUGACCAUUGACUAUUUAGAACUCGCAGCAAAACGCAAACAUUAAUGACACGUGCUCUCGGUCACGUGGAAUCCGACGAAUCAUGUGACUUUCACCGUCAGCCUCGUUCUCAGCCACGCCGACUUGCUGCUACGGCAGGCCACUUGUGACUAAGUACAUGGUGAACGGUCACUUCGUUUUCGCGUACAGGUCAAAGAGAAUAAAGGGAUCUGUUGUACUGAUGCUGCCUUGCCAAUGUCAUGAAAUACCUUGAUCAUAAACUGCAACAAUGGAUGUAAGUGAAGAAUCCAUAGACUCUGAAUGCAAUUUAUUUGAGUUGCCAGCCAAUGAAGAAAAAAUUGGGAAAACCAGAGCAAAAUCUGCACUUGGACAAAAUACACACACUGGUUUGAUCCGACGUUGCAGACGCAAAGCAAACCCACAGCCAGAGAUUGCCAAGGACCUGAAUGCAAGUGCUACCCUGGAAGGAAAGGUGACCCAUGGCAGACCUAAAGGUGGUAAGACCUCCUGUGGGGAGGUCCCUCCGGCCAAAAAACAGAAGCUAGACACUUUAGAACAAACUCAAGACAGUGGGAAUAUUGAGACUGCUAAAGGUUCAGCUUUAACCUGUGAGGGAGAGCCAGCAAGCUCAAAAACCAAGCAUGUAGAAAAUAAUAUUGUAACAAACGAUGUGCAGUUUGAAGGGCAAACUGGAGACUGUCAGCAUAGAAGUAAGAAGAUCAAAGUUGAAGCAACUUCACUAUCCCCUUCUUAUAAACAUAUAUGGAAAAAUGACACUUCACUAAAAACUAAUGUAAACCAGUGUCAUUUCAAUGAAAACUGUUUCAUUUGUAAUAUUUGUAAUGUUACUAGCCCAUCCAAGGAGAGUUACAAAAAGCACAUAUCUUCAGUUCGCCAUAAAAAGCAAGCUAUAAGCACAAGUCAAGAUACAAUUACGAAGGAAGGAUUUAACUGCAGGCUAUGUGGCCACUUAUUGCCUUCACGGUAUGACUUGGACAAACACAUUAAGGAGAAUCAUUCCAAACGAUCCAAGGCACACAUUUGUCCUCAGUGCAAAUUCAAGGCAGAGAGUGCAGCCUUGUUGCAAGCUCAUCUCAAGCACAAACACUUCCAGAAAGAAAGACUAAGUUGUGAUCUGUGUGGUUAUCAAUGUUACGAUGAAAACCUGCUGAAAACCCACUGUCGUGGGAAGACUCAUCUUCGCCGCAAGAACCUCGCUGCGAGGGGUGGGUACAUACAUUUGCUUUCUAAAAAGGGUCUUUCUGAUGAAUGUGGUGCAAAAGACAAAGUAAGAAAUGCAAAACUCUUAAAUAAGAGACCCGGAAAUUUGAGAAAGACAAGGAACAGAUGUUUAGUCCAGAAGGAUGCUAAGCAAAGCACUGAGUGUUUGGGCAAGUCAACAAGAAUUGGCAAUAAUCUCUGUGUGGAAGAAGGAAACAGUAAUAAAAUGCCAAUGGCAAAUGAUCAAAUAGAGCUUAAUGAUUGUCAUGCUGGAAAGGCAUCUCCCAGAAGAACUUUGAGAAGUAUAAAAGAACCAAGUAACCUUCUGCAAGAACGUGGUGGUAAUCAAAGACUAAGGCGCUCUGGAAAUGGUAAUGUCAGCUGGAGAUUGCGCAGUGCACGUUGCAAAGUCAAUUCUGAACACAGUCAGAGUACAAGAAGCAGGCUUUCCAAGGAAGAAGUGGCAAACCGAAAGUCUCCAAGAAAGCUUCAAAGAAGAGCUAACCUUUCGACAAAGAAUAAUAGUCGAAGUCAAGGCCAGUUCCCUCACAAGAGAGAGGUUUUCCCUGAAGCACAACAGAAAAGUGGCAGUGUUGCUGGAAGUAAGAAUGGUGAUGUAAAAGAAACAAGUAAACCAAUUAGCCAGGAAUCAAACCAACUUGAAGGAAAAUCUCAGAACCAGAGUAAAAGUACUGAUAUGACAUUGACUGAUGCAAACCUAGAGGAUGAGAAUGCAUUUAAAAUAAGUUGCUCAAGUUACAAUCAAGAAGGAGCAUCAACCCCAUCAGAAAUUCCAAAUUCAUUGGUUGAAAACAACAUUGAAAGUACUUCAGGGGAUCAAAAUCUUGAGUCCCCAUCUGCCAAUCCAACAAAUACCAAAGCCUCCAAAGUUGAAAAUACUGAAUCAAAGCUAAGCCCUGCUGAUCGUAAAGCCCUCCGCACUUGCUCGUACUGUGGUCAUCUAUUUCAGAACCGAAAAGGCCUAGAGGUGCAUAUCAAGAGGCGACACACAAAGGAAAUGGUGUUUCAUUGUCAACCAUGUGGCUAUGCUUGUGUUACAAAAGGCGACUUUGAAAAGCAUUGUCAAAGCAACAGACAUCAGCUUAACUUCUCCAAGAUUGACUGUUGGCUCUGCACCUUUGUGACCUCAGAUGAAGAAACUCUCAAGGAUCACAUGAACCAAAAACACAAAAUAGUUGCUUACUGUCGACAUUGCAAAGUGCACUUUGUAUCAAAGGAUGACCUAGUGGAUCAUGUUGGUACUGAACAGCAUGCAAGAAACAUGUUCCCACAGCAGAAAGAGACCACAACUGAGCAAACUGAAAAACUGCAACCGAGAGAACUAGAGCUAAAUAAAACCUCUUCUUCAGAUACAAAAGAAGAAUCUACUGUACAGAAAGCAAACCCUUUAAUAGAUCCUCAAAAGCCUUCUAUCACAAGAGUAGUUGCAGGGAAUAUACUAAAACGAUCAACACAUAGCAGGACCCAAUUACAGUGUAAACACUGCUUUUAUAAAGCUAGAUCUGCCUCAGUCCUUUUGAAACACAUAAGACUUAGACAUGCACAGGAGUAUCGCUUUUAUUGUAAAGUGUGUAGUCUCUAUACUAUUAGCAAGGAAGCUAUGGAGAAGCAUAUUAAACGAACUAGGCACAUUAUGAAUGCCAAGAAACAAAGUCUUGGCCCAUCAGUGGAGGAGUGUAUUGAAGAAGUAUCUGUUGGUGUUUGGGAUAUUCAAAAGACCAUGAAGACCCAAGAGGCUUUAGGGAAUGUCAAUACUGAAAUAGAUAAAGGUUAUGUUCAGGUUCUUGAGCCAUCAAAACCCAAAGAGGAAUUUGUUGUCACUUGGGAAAUACCAGAAGGUGAUACAGACAAUGUAGAAGAUGCUCAAAAAAACAGUGAUCUUCAGUCAACAGGGAGUGUUAAAAGAGGACGCCCUAAAGGGAAUAUUUCCAGAACUUGCCUUUAUUGUGGUCUAUUGGCUUCCAGUGUCACAAAUCUGAACAUUCACAUAAGGCGGAAACACAGUCAUCAAUAUAGCUACUUCUGCAAGACCUGUAACUAUUACACUGUCACCAAAGGAGACAUGGAUCGUCACUGCAACACCAAGAAACACAAAAAUCAGGUUGAUGUCUCUAAGACUGAACUUUGCAGAAAAAUUGCUACAUCUCCUGAUAAGGAUCAUCCACAAGUGAUUGUGAGUGAUGUUGCGUCGGUUUCCAUGGCUGAAGAUGUUCAAAACAGCAGCAAAGGUUUGAAACCAGAGACCCCUGAUGUGAAGAACCAGUCUGGGAAUACUGAGAACUGUACUCGUGUGAAUUUAGAGAGUUUUCCUUCAACUCAAGUUCAACAGAAAAUGGAAAAUCAAAAUGAGAUUGUUGUAGUUCUCGAUGUGGAAUCAAAUGAUAUGGGACAAAAUGGUAGUUCGUCCAAUUCAAAGCCAAGGAAAGAAAACCAUACUACAACUUGUGUGUACUGUGGCUUUAUGGCUUAUUCUCUUGCUACCCUUGAGAUGCAUGUGAAACGUAAACACACAAAAGAUUUUGACUACUAUUGUAUGGCAUGUGCUUACUAUGCUGUCACACGACGUGAAAUGAUGAGACAUGCGAUCACAGAGAAACAUAAACUUAAAAGUCGGUCCUACCUAAAAUUAAAUCUAAAUAAAGGGCGUGAUUCCAGUACCGUGUUAACUGUUGCACCAGAGAAUGAACAUCAGAAAGAAGGAAAUGAACAUCAAAUGGAUGAAGGGAGCUGGAAUGAAGAGGGGGGCAUAUCAAAGGCUUCUCAAGAUGCAUUCCAAAAGUCUGUGUCAAGUAUUAUUGAAACCGAGAAAGCAGUAGAAGACAGUGAAGUGGUCAGUGCAGCUAAAGAGACAGCAGCAGUGUCCAAGAUGGCAGAAAAUCAGGUAAAAUCCUUACAAAAUGAAGUGGCUGAAGAGGAAGAAAAUAUUCAAACUCUGUCGGCUGUAUGUUAUUCAGAAAUUUCCUCUGAAACUUAUUCUGGAAUAUUGGAAGCAAAUACUGCGCACUCGAAUGCACCUCUUGACAUUGAAAGUCAUGCUGCAGAAUUGAAAUCUGUAUCAUUGGAGUCAGCGGUGUUGGAAACGAUCCAAAAUCAAAUUUCUCAGUCACCCAAUGAGCAAGAUUCAAGUAGUUUUUAUAAAGAUAUUGUCACAUCACAGAAAACUAAUGUGAAGAACAAUGAUAUUGAUUUACAUGUUGAAGCUUCUCAGACAGAAGAGAAUGAUUUUCAACAGCUUUCUGAGGCAGGUGAGAGCAGGGAAGAUGAACAAAAUGUUAAACCAGCUGAAGUGGCUAAAGAGAUAAGUUCUAGUUUGGAUAGCAGACCAAAUGAAAUGGUCGAUCCAGGUCAAAACCACCCUAAUAACUAUGACAUUGAAGAAGAAGAAAAUAUGGAAGAAGGACUUUUGGCUUCCACAAAAGAUGUUGAAGGCAGUUCUGUACAAGGUGGAUGCCAUUUGCAACCUGGGAAGAAUUCAGAACAUAUCCAUGUUAACCGUGUACAACAAAUUGAUAGCAACUAUCAAAACAUAAAGGCGGUAAGCGAGGAGAUGUCUGUGCAAGGUGCCAUCAAUCCUCCACAUGAUUUUGGAGGGAGUGAAAAUUUUUUGGAUGAUCAAAAUAAAGGGGAAGCAGAUUUAAAGGAAAAGGCUGGGGAUAUGAAAAGUGCAAAUGAGAAUAGUCAAGAAUUGGAAAUAACUGAAAGUACUGGUGACAACCUUAAGCUUGAUUUGCAAGGUAAGGGAUUCCAAAAAUAUUUUGAGUUUGAUGCAUCUAUAGUAAGACUAAAGAACAAGUUUGGGAGUGAAAAAUCUGAAUGCACUGAUAACAGUGAAGACAGCCAGGGAGCUGAUGGCGUCUCGCCAGAUGAAUGGGCAGUUGCAGUCUAUAAGACAGAUACUUCCCAAGUUAUGAAGAAGAGAAAGAAUAAAGGCUCUUUAUUUCAGUAUCCCAAACGCAUUCGCUGUGAGGACUGUGGGUUCCUGGCUGAUGGUGUAAAUGGGCUGAAUGUUCACAUUGCCAUGAAACAUCCUUCUGCGGAAAAGCAUUUCCAUUGCUUCCUGUGUGGCAAAUCAUUUUACACAGAGAGUAACUUGCACCAGCAUUUGGCCAGCAUGGGCCACCAACGAAUGGAACAAGAGAGCAUUGAGGAGUUGCCAGAAGGUGGUGCUACCUUCAAGUGCGUCAAGUGCAACACAGCUUUCGAUUUAGAGGAGUACCUCUUUGUGCACAUCAAGCAGAAGCAUGGAGAAAUGCUGAGGGAAGUGAACAAAUACAUUGUGGAAGACACAGAACAGAUAAACUGUGAGCGGCAGGAGAAUCAAGGCAAUGUCUGCAAGUAUUGUGGGAAGGUCUGCAAGAGCAGCAAUUCACUGGCAUUUCUUGCUCAUAUCCGCACACAUACUGGAUCAAAACCUUUCCGAUGUACUCUCUGCAACUUUGCAACAGCACAGUUAGGAGAUGCCCGUAAUCAUGUCAAACGGCACCUUGGAGUUCGCGAGUAUAAGUGCCACAUAUGUGGAUGGGCCUUUGUUAUGAAGAAACAUCUUAGCACCCAUUUAUUGGGCAAACAUGGCAUCGGGACUCCAAAGGAACGGAAGUUUGUGUGUGAAAUUUGUGACCGGACUUUUACAGAGAAGUGGGCCCUGACCAAUCACAAGAAGCUGCACAUGGGCCAGAAACCAUUCAAGUGCACUUGGCUGACGUGUCACUAUUCCUUCCUCACAGCGUCUGCCAUGAGAGAUCACUUCAGGACUCACACAGGGGAGAAGUCGUUCCUGUGUGACCUCUGCGGAUUUGCUGGUGGAACACGCCACGCUCUCACCAAACACAGGCGACAGCACACAGGUGAAAAGCCAUUCAAAUGUGACCAGUGCAACUUUGCUUCCACAACACAAUCCCAUCUGACCCGUCACAGACGUGUCCAUACAGGAGAGAAACCUUAUAAGUGUCCUUGGUGUGAUUACAGGUCAAACUGUGCAGAGAACAUCCGCAAGCAUAUCCUACACACUGGUAAACACGAGGGAGUACAAAUGUACAACUGUCCAAAGUGUGAUUAUGGAACCAAUAUUCCCUUGGAAUUCCGCAAUCAUCUCAAAGAACUUCAUCCAGAUAUUGAGAAUCCAGAUUUGGCAUAUUUGCAUGCAGAAGGUCCAGAUUCAAAUCUUACCUGUCGCUGAAGGUGUGUCGUAGCAUAUCCAAGCAGCUGAUUAUAAGUACUUGCAGUGGACCAGGGGAAUGCAGAAGGAACAUGGCCAGCCAACUAUUUUCCGAACUCGGAAUAAAAGGCAUGAAGGAAAGGUUACAUAUUUUGAAGGGUCCUUAGUGCCCAUUGAGGGGCUCCAAAUGAUUCUCCAUAAUGCUAUCUUUUCUGGUGCCUCCCUCCAACCUCUGGAACCUAACACCACUCUUCCUCUGCUGAAAAUGUGUUGCUGGAAAAGCGCAGCAGGUCAGGCAGCAUCCAAGGAACAGGAGAAUCGACGUUUCGGGCAUAAGCCCUUCUUCAGGAACCUCCCUCAUACCUCUCCUAAUAAGUAAUGCCAGUUUUCUUUGAAAUUUAACAUGUCCCAAUACAUUCACUUUAAGUGUCUUAUUUUCCUCAUUUUCCUCACUCUUAGUGUCCUCACUUUCUCCACCACUCUUCCUCUGCCUUGCUGAGUUAAAUGGGCCCUCUCCAUCCAAAAAUACUACAUUUAACUUGAAGUCCUCUUUACUUUGGUGGGUUGCUAACCCAUUAAGCAACACACCACCACAACCAACACUCAGCCCCUUGGUAAAAUUAAUUCCAUUGUAUUUCUAUGCUGUGUUGACCAGAGAAAGCUGGAUUACUAUAAUCGCAAAUGAAUCUUCUGAUUCAUGAUUCUAAAUCACAACUUGUAGAAUCAUACAGCACAGAGGAGAUCAUUCAGGCUAUCAUACCUAUCCCAAUUAUCAAAACAUCUUUUCAAUUAGUUUUACUCUACUACUCAUUUACCAAAAUUUUUCAUUUUCAAGUAGUGAUCCACUUUCCUUUUGAAAGUUAAUAAUAAAGCUGCUCCAAAUGCUCUUUUGGAUGGCUCAUUCAAGAUCAAAACAACUAGCUAAAUUUGUGAGUUCUUCUAUUAACGCCUCUGGUUUUCCUGCUUUAAAUCUGUGUCCUCUGCUUACUGAACCUACUGCCAAUGGAAACAGUUUCACUCUGUUUACUCUAUCAACAUUUUGAACACACAUUAAGUCGCUUCUUAACAGUUUUUUUGUGCUGUACAGUACAUUAAUGAUUAUAAGUUCUGUUGUCAAUAUCAUAGAACAAUUGAUUCUUGAGAUGUUAUAUUGGAAUCAGGACAUCCCCACUCCAGCUUAGAGAUACUGUAUUAUGUACACAGCUAGAAACAAACUGUUAAAAUUAGUGUGAUUUAACUUUACACAAGGAACUGCAUACUAGUUUUGGCAUAAUUUAUUUUAAUUCAGCACAUUCACACCAAAUUGAGAAUUAUUUGCAAAAACAGGACCAUAUUCAAUUGGAACUGGCUUGAAUUCUGUCCAGUUCAGAUCUUCACAAUAGGUUAAAGAAAAAGGGUUUGGCUGUACUGUAGUUUCUAGAAUUGGGCAGCUAAUAUUGGGAGUACAUGUGGAAACUUGAUAGCUCUCAUUACCAACCGAUCUGGUGUUGUGCAUAUGUCAGUCAGGUAGGCAGGAGCUGUGCUAUUUCUGUACUUGUGAACAAGUGCAGCUGGAUGAAAUGCACUGAAACAAUGUGACAAUUAUUGGAUCACAUCUGAACAUUCAACUUGUUUUGAUAUUUCUAAUUUUUAAAACAUGCUGGUAUUUUGUGGAGAAAGAUCUCUAAUUGUGAAAUCCCAUAAAUCUAACAAGCCCAUUUUUUCAAAGUUUGAUGAUUAUAAUCUGUUCUGUACCUUUAGCUCUAACUUCAUCUUUCAUCUUGAAACGAUGUUUCUUGAUACAAUGGUGAUUAAAUGUAGUUCGGUUACUGCACUAAUCCAGUCUUCAGUCUUUCUGAAAAUUCACACAAAACGUUUUGACUCGUUGCCUUGUGUCAACCUCAGCUUCCAACUAAUUAAUUAACAAUAAAUAUUUAUAUGUAGAGUUAUAAUCCAAAUAGAGACCUUUAGCAUAAUGUGUUCCAUUCUCUUUUAAAGUGUGCUACUCUAGAAGCAAGUGUAAAAUAUGUUUUCUUUAUUACUUGAAAAAUAUAUUAACUUUUUGACAAUAUCAAAAUCCAUAGCAUGUUUUAUUCAGUGAUGACUGCAUGUUUUAAUAUCAAAAAAAUCGUUGUUGCAUAAUAUAUUUUAAUUGUUUUUAUUUCGUUUUCCUGUUUGAUUUUUUGUAAUUUUCUUUGUUUAUUCGGAUGGAGAGGUCUGUGCUUUAAAUGGAAGGCAUUUUCCACUCUGGAAUAUGAGUUAAAUUGCUCUCUCCCUAAGCUCAGACAACAAUUUAUAGUUAGAAAGUGCUCCUAACAUGAUAAGAUAUCUAAAGGCACUUUUCUAGAGCAACAUAAAACUAAAUUUGAUAUUGAGCCAUGUAUGGAGGUAACCAAGAACUUGGUCGAAUAGGUAGACCAAAAGGAACACCUUUAAAGGGGAAAGAUAGAAAAGAGACAGACACUGGAGAUGCACAAGAGGAUAGAUAUGGAGGAGCACUGACAGUUUGGAGGGUUGUAGGUCUUUUCAUUGGAGGCAUUUCAGAGAAGGUUCAUUGGGAUGAUGGCCAGUAUGGAGGGAUUGUCUUGCAAGCAAAGACUAAAUGGGUUGAAGCUCUAUUGAAAUUUAGAAGAAUGAGAGGUUACCUUAUUAAAACAAAUAGAAUUCUGAAGGGGCUUGACAGGGUAAAUGCUGAGAAGACGUUUUCCCUCAUGGUAGAGUCUCAGACCAGAGGGCAUAGUCUCAGAAUAAAAGGGUGCCAAUGUAAGAUGAUGAGUUUCUUCUUUUAGAGGGUUGAGAGUCUUUGGAAGUCCUUGCCAGAGAGGUGUGUGUGUGUGUGUGUUCUUAACUCUAUCUCUUUCCUCAGAGUAUAGACUGUGAAAUUGGUAAAUCAGGUAUCACAGAUAUGGAUUUGUGUCCCACCUCUGCCCCCAUCCUCUGCACAGCAGACUACAUGGGUGUCAGCAUGCAGGGAUGAGUAUAGUUAAUUUGAAGCAUAUUUAACAUUAUAAUUAUACAUCCACUAAAAGCUGAAUGAGUCUAUUCUUACACCACGCAACACAAUGAGGAAGUAGCAUCCAUUUCUUUCAACAACCUCCAUAUUCAUUCUUGAAACAUUUCACCUGUGUUGUGCUACAGAAUGCAAGCCAGAAUUAACAAUUUCAUUAUAAAUAUUUAAAACAAUUCCAUUUCAACUCACUGCUUUUACAUUUUCACUAGAAAUGGAUAGGGAUCUGAAGCACAUUCAAUUAUAAAAUUGUUUGCAUUCUACAAUGACAUUAUUAACACAAUAGUAGCUUUCACCAGUUGGUAAUUAUUGGCAUAAUUGAACACUGAUUAAGAAACAAGUAUUUAUCAUUCAUUAAACUGAAAUUAAAAAAAAUUAAUCUCUGUAGAGUGCAGAUUAGGCUCUAAUUGGAUCGCCACCUUUUAAACUAACAGUGACAUUGUGUGAUGACAAAAAUGUUUUGAUAUUUGACACUGUGAUUUUUCAGAUGUUAAGAAAUUAUGUAAUUGUUUGUGAUUUAAGAAGUAGUGAAAUUUGUUAGAAUAAAUGAAAGCACACCUCCCAGAUCUAUUGUACCUCCUUAUUUUUGUCAGAAGUAGGAGUCUUCAGAGCAAACAUUCAGGAAUUCAUAAGCUAAUGAGGUGCAUUAUAUGUUAUUCCACCUUGCACCUGUUGCAUAGUUGCAUAGAGAUUAUAAAAUGACCCAAUGAGCCAUACUGUGCAUCAGUCUGCAAAUGCUACAAGUUCAUGCAAAAAAGUGGUAAAAUGUGGGAAUAAAUGGUUGUUGAUAUAUGAUGUACUAUGUCAAACAAAGCAUGUAAUGAAUGUUUGAAUAUUAAAUGACCAUUUCUUAAGGAACAAUAUGACAUGUCACGGACAUAAUAUAACAAAAAUAUAGUUGCAAUGAGUGUAAUUGUCAUUAAAAUAAAACUACAGCAAUGAAGAAACAGCAAAAAGCAAAUUAAAACUCCUGAAGCUGUUGUUGCAACAUGCAUCCCAGUAAUUUGAAUACAAAUAAAUCUGAAACUAGUUAACCCCUGGUGAGUGUGUUCAGAUUCUUACUCUAUGCUAGUAUUUUCAGAACUCUUAAAGAUCAGCUCCAGUA